AUGGGAUUCAGGGAUCUUCAUAGAUUUAAUAUGGCAUUACUUGGGAAGCAAGCAUGGAGAAUACUGCAGAAUCCACAAUCACUAUUGUCACGGAUUUAUAAAGGGAGAUACCACAAAUCAUCGACGUUCUUAGAGUCGGUGUGUGGAGGUGGCCCAUCUUAUGGAUGGAGAUCAAUUCAAGCAGGGAAAGACCUGCUCAAAAAGGGUUUACAAGUCAGACUAGGAGAUGGUAAGGUUACUAAGGUCUGGUCAGAUCAUUGGCUACCUGUUGUACCUCCAAGAGUCGUUCAAGGAAAUGUAGGAGUUGGAAACAUUAGAGAUUUGAAUAUGCAUGUGGAGGAGCUUUGGAAGCCAGGGAUUAGGGAAUGGGAUGAAGCUAAAUUAGUGCAGCUUUUAGCUCCAGAAGAUGUAGAAAUAGUCAAAUCGAUCAGAUUGUCAAGAUUUGCUAAUGAAGAUGUGUUUGUUUGGCCAUACACUACUAACACAGUGUAUACAGUAAAAUCAGGCUAUUGGGUGGCGACUCAUGUUGUGGAGGAUGGAGAAAGAAUAGAACCACCCCCAGGUCCAAUUGAAGUGAAGAAAAAAAUAUGGAAACUUCAAAUUCCACCAAAGAUACAACAUUUCUUAUGGAAAACUAUAGCAGGGGCAAUUCCAACAGCUGAAAGGUUAUGUUCCCGCAUCCUGAAUAUAGAUCCGAUGUGUCAACGCUGUUGUCUCUAUGAAGAAACGAUUAAUCAUGUUUUGUUUAAUUGUCAACAUGCAAAUUCUAUUUGGAGAUGUGCAGGAUUCACCCAGUUUGAUAGGUCAGACAUAUCUUUGGAAGACAACAUUCGAAUGUUAUUUCAAAUCCUGGAAAUGCAAUCUUUGACGGAGGAGAAAAGAUUCCUUCCCAUGUGGAUGAGUUGGAUGAUCUGGAAAUCGAGAAAUGACUUUCUAUUUGCACAUAGAAAUGUUCAUCCUCAGAACGAUGUGGAGAAAGGAGUUCAAGCUGUAGCGGAAUGGUUUAUUGCUAAUCCGUCCACUACGAUUCAAGAAAGAAGAAUAUGUGUGACACCAACAAGCUGUUGGGAACCACCAUCAUCAGGUUGGUUAAAAUGUAACUUUGAUAGCACAUAUAGAUCGUCUGCGUCUUGCAUGGGUGUAGGGUGGAUAAUAAGAGAUGACAAAGGACAGUAUAUAGAAUCAGGUUGGGCAAAAUUACCUCAGGUAGACACACCACUGCAGGCUGAAGCAAAUGGCUUUCUCUAUGUGGUUCAACGCAUAUGGAGUAAAGGUAUGAGGAAUGUCUGGUUUGAAGGAGAUAGCCUUCAGCUCACUAAUGUGAUCAAUAAAUGGGAAGAGAAUACAGAGUUGGGCAAUAUCCUCAUUGAUAUUCGUCAUUGGAUUUCACUUCUGCCAUUAUGUUCUUUAGCACAAGUGAACAGGGAGAAAAAUCAGGCAGCAGAUUUACUUUCAAAAUGUAUUUAUGAUUCUGUUGAUUUCUUUAUGUUGUAUGCAAGCCCACCUCAAUGGUUGUUUAAAUAUUUGUAUGCUCCCUUCACUAUUUAA